AUGAUAACAAGCGUGCAUGAGUUUUAUCCGAACAUUACCAUAAUUAUUGCAGACGAUUCGGAAGUGCCAGAAGCAUUAGUGUACCCUAACGUAUUCCACUACAUAAUGCCCUUUGCUACUGGAUGGUUCGCUGGAAGGAAUCUCGUCCUGAGUCAGGUCCGAACAAAAUACUUUGUAUGGAUUGACGACGAUUUUAUUUUCACGAAUACUACGCGGCUGGAGCUGAUGCUGGAAAAAUUAGAAAAUCCAUUUUUAGGUUUAGAUGUAGUCUCUGGUAUCGUGGAUACUGGAAAGAGUAAAGUCUACCUGGACAAGACUUAUAAUAAGAUACACGUACGAUCGCAUUCUAAAAACGGUUAUUGUUUGAAACGCAGAAGCGGCGAGUACGCCCUCGAAGGAUUACCGAGGUGCAAGCUCGCUGAUGAAGUCAUCAAUUUCUUCAUGGCAAAAACUUUAUCUGCAAGAAACAUAGGUUUUGAUCCACAUCUCGCGAGAUUUGGUCACCAUGAGUUUUUCUGGGACGGCCUAGGGAAGCUCCGCGUCGCUUCCUGUGACGACGUCAGUGCAUUCCACGCCAGAGCUGCUUACACGAAGCACGGCAAUUACAGAUAUCAAUUUCUUUGGGACGUAGCGUUUCAAAAGUGGAUGAUGUAUUCCGUUUAUAAAAAUAACUUGCAAAUGUUUUAA